GCAGGUAAAUAGGGUUUUGGGAUUAUUGAUAUAAUACAAAAGCUCCAUCCUAAGUUUACGUAUAGGUAAAAUCAGGAACCCAAUCACAGAAUGAAAUUUGGCCUGCUCACAGAAGCAAGACCCAGCCCACUUGAAGUUGCCCAACCUAUCCCACUUUGAUUGUUUCUAAGUGGUGGAUUCUUUUAGAAACUCCAAACCUGCUUUCGUGGUAUAAACUAUAUAUAUAUAAAGGCAUGCACGUCUCCCUUAUAUAUAUAUAUAUAUAUAAGCUUUGCCAAACAGUAGUUUCAGCUGAUCAUAGCAUCAUCAUCCGAAGAAAAUGAAGGAAGGAGCACUUGAGGCUGCUGGUGAUGAACCUCAUUCCAAGCAUUCAACCUCAACAGUACGAAGGGUGAUGAAUAGAAGAGGGCUGUCUAUAAUGGACUUCAUUCUUCGACUUCUUGCAGCUGCUGGAACGCUAGCAAGUGCGGUGGCAAUGGCUACAACCGACCAAACACUUCCAUUUUUCACACAGUUUCUCCAAUUUACUGCCCAGUACAACGAUAUUCCCACCUUCACGUUCUUUGUGAUCGCGAAUUCGAUUGUAUGUGCCUACCUUGGUCUUUCUCUUCCCUUAUCUAUCUUCCACAUCAUCAGGAGUGCGGCAAAAAAUACUAGGAUCAUCUUGCUCAUCUUUGACACGGUAAUGAUGGCUCUUCUCACUGCUGGAGCUUCUGCAGCGGCAGCUAUAGUCUACUUGGCACACAACGGCAAUGCAAGUGCCAACUGGUCUUCAUUUUGCCAACAAUUCAAUUCCUUCUGUGACCGCAUUUCUGGAUCUCUAAUUGGCUCUUUUGGAGGAAUACUCCUAUUCAUUCUCCUAAUUAUUACCUUAGCUGUAGCAAUAUCUCGACCCUCAUGAUCAUCUAUCAUGACAGUUAUAUGCAUAUAUA